AUGAAGCUCAUCAGCCAGCAUUUUGAAAAGGACAAGAGUGGAUCAACUACAAUUGUACCUGAGGAUAAAGAAGAUCUCUGGCAGUUGUAUAACUUGCUUCAAAAGGGGGAUGAAAUCAAAAUUUCGACUCAUCGAAAUGUAAAGAAAGUUAGUUCAGUUGGAGGUGGUGGCAAAGACAAAGGGAAGUCUGAGCGGAAGGUAAUGACAUUACAUAUGACUGUAGAGGAUGUUGACUAUAUACCCUCUGAUGAAGUUAUGAGAAUUAGAGGAAAGACCACCGAGGCACAUGAGUUCGUUCCUCUUCAUAGCUACCAUACUGCUGAAGUUCAGCUUAACAAACCGCUUACUCUUUAUAAAGACGAUUGGGAUGAUAUAGCAUAUGGGAUUAUAGUAAAAGCCUGCUCAAUUGAAGACAAAGCAGAAGUGGGUGCGGUCGUCAUGGAGGAAGGUGUUGCUCAUUUAUGUCUAAUCACUGAUAACAUGACAGUAUUGAGAAAUAAGAUUGAAAAAUCGAUUCCAAGGAAGAGAAGAGGUGAAGGGGGUGGAGGAGCUCAUGACAAAGCUCUCCAAAAAUUUUUCCAAAUGGUCCUGUCAACAUUAUUGAGAAAUUUUGACUUGAUAAAAUUGAAAGCAAUCAUUUUGGCUUCUCCUGGCUUCACGGCUGACUCAUUAUAUAAAUUCAUACUAGCAGACGCUACCAAGGAAAAUAACAAAACUGUCUUCCAAAACAAAUCAAAAUUUAUUGUUGUGCAUUCUUCCACAGGUUAUCUUCAAGGCUUGGAGGAAGUAUUAAAAGACCCCUCAAUUCAACGAAAAUUGAGUAAUACAAAAUUUGCUAGAGAAGCAGCAAUUUUCGAACAAUUUCAAUCCGUUUUAAACGAGGAUGACGAUAGAGCAUGGUAUGGACCCGAAGAAUGUGAAAGGGCGGUCAAUCUCGGGGCUGUUAAAUAUCUCAUGAUUACUGAUACAUUAUUUAAGAGUGACGAUAUUGUAGUUAGAAAACACUAUAUUGCUUUAACAGAAAAGGUGAGAGGACAAGGAGGGGAGGCAUUGAUAUUCUCGAGCUUGCAUGAAUCCGGUGAACAAUUAAACCAACUAACUGGUAUUGCAGUUUUGCUUAAGUAUCCUGUUCCAGAUCUAGACGAGGAGGAAGAUUAG